AUGAAUCGGCUGCGAAACGGCCAGGGCCCCCGGCAAACACCUCCACCUGAGGCGCAACCAGGGAGCCAUUCACUAGACGUGUACGGCUACUUCCAGGAUGCUAUCGCGAAGCUGCGCGCGGGCUUUUGUUUUUCUGCCGCACCCAAGAUGGCGCCGGGCGAGCGCCAUACGCCAUGCCACGAUGUGAUACAGGGUACUUGUCGACCCCGACGAUCUGGUCCCCUUCCAGCUAGUCGCUCAGUGCGCCGCAUGACGCCCCAGCACUUUCCGACCACCAUCUCACCAGGGCCUUAG